AACAGCUGAUUAGUUUUUUGCGGGUUUUUUGUUUACAUUCAUGUCAUGCGCCAAAAAAAUCAAAUAAGCCGUUUUUGUACUCUUCCAAAUUUAAGUCAGAUCUCUGGUCAGAUUUAAAAGUAUCAUUUAUUGUGUCUAUGGUACUGCAUGCCUCUGGGAAACAUAAUUCGUAAAAAUGGCCCAGGAAAAAGUUAAAGAAUUUUAUUCCAACGAUAUCGUAUACAGGUUUGAUAAACAUAAAAGAAUCGUAUUCGGAGUCGUCGUAGAUUCUUACGAAGCAUCCAGCGAUGAUGUAGACGAUUCACAAGCUUUGCAAAAAGGCCAAAUUAGAGUUUUGUGGAGUACGGGACCGCGAGAACAAAUUUGGCGUCAGAAUAAGGUUAGGUUAAUUAACCGAAGUAUAAUUCCUGGAGAUAUUGUGCGUAGAUUGGAGAAAGGUAAAGAGACCCAGAGGGGUUACUGUAAAGAAACUAAGCAAAUUGCAACUGUUCAGAUUGUGGGAACUGAUAAGGUCAUUGAACACGUUUCCAGCGAGAGACUACACAGCGUUAGACCUUAUGAUGUCGAUGAUGCUGUUUGUUUUGGAAAUAAGUUCGGAAGAAUUGAAAAUAUUGAUCAACUUAUUUCAAUGCAGUCCAAAGAUGGAUCGGUAGUUGAAGUUUUAACAAGCAUUAAUAAUGAUUUAGAUGAUUAUUGGCUCUCUAAAAGAAAUAGAAUCUCAUUUGAUACCUAUUAUCCCGGACAAGAAGUUAUUUGUGUUCCUAUUAAUUUCGAACAACCAAAUUGGAUAAAAAAAUCCAAAGUAAUGAAGAGAAACAUCCAACAGCGCCAAAGGUUUACUAUCCAACAAGUUACUGACGUUAUGAUAGAGGUUGCUUUGUAUAAUCAUACAGGUUAUUCUAGGAUAUACGAAAUAUCAAAUGAUGAUGUAAAAAGGUUGAAGGUGUUUGAACGUUUAAGCGACGCAUGUUUGGAGUUGGCUGAAAGGAGACUUCUAAAAUUGAAUUCACAUGAUAUACUUCUGAAGAAAAAGGAUUGGGUUAGAAAAUUGUCUUUAAUGUAUCGUCCCGAUGUUCCGAAAGUCCGCCAUAUUGUAAAUUGCAGUUCCAAAAUAAAUUUUCGAGUUCCUCGUAUUCGAAGUUCCUCGUUUGAAAAAGAACAACGGCUCAUAUUAAAAGUUAUCGAGUAUUUGAAACUCGAAAAAGAUGCUGGAAAACCCCUUUUACCUGUGUCGGCUGUUUACGAUAGAACAUCGGAGGCUUUAGGAAUUUCAUGCUCUACUAUGCAAAGAAUAAGUUUCAGAGGAAUCGUAAAAGAUAAAAAACAAAAAGCAGCAAAACAAGUCACAACAUUCGUUUGUUCCGUGGAAUUCCUGCUUAUAAGAUCCAUGGACAUAUUAUUAGAGGACGUAUUUAUUCAUUGUGGUAGUGGUGCGUCUAGCCAAGAUGCUUCUGUGGUGAAUGUAAAUACAAAAAAUCUUCUGAGAAAAAAACAUUAUCCUCCGAAAUCAUACGAACUUAAUUCUGGACAUACUUUGCCAGUAGAGGUUAUUUGCGUUGAAUCUAAAAUAACGGUUAUAUGGCAAGAUGGUACUGAAGAAAAAGAUAUUCCAUCUACUCAGCUAUAUUAUUCAAUAUCUUUAGAUGACCACGAAUUUUUUCCUGGCGAGUGGGUUAUAAAUUACAACAAGAUUGAUGACAGCGCUUAUGGUGUGGUACAGCAAGUCAAUUAUAUAGAACGAACAGCGACAAUAAAGUGGUUUAGAUAUUUAGAAGAUGAUAAAAAACCGGAAGCGUUAAGUACUGAAGAGCUAAGUGUUUAUGACUUGAAGAAACAUUCUAAAUUUGGGUUUAGACCGGGAAGUGUAGUAAAAUCAAAGCCUACUCAGGAAGGAAAAAUGGGCAAAGUCAUAGACAGUUGUAUUGAGGGAUACGUAAUUGUUGAGUGGCUUGAUAAUAAGCAAGAAAAUUGUUGGCCACAGGACAUUGAAUUAAUACCGGACACCCCAGAUUAUGAAUAUUCUGAUUCGGGAGAAAGUUCUGAUGAAGAAAAAGUAUCCUGGGAAACUGAAAGCGUGGAGUCUUAUGCUGGAGGAGAUUUAUCUAACGAAACAGUAUUACAGAAUAUGGCUGCCAGAUUAGAUUUUGUACGAUCUCGAAUAAUAUAUUUAAAAGAAGCUUUUAAAAAUCAUUCAAUUAUAGAAAAUUUUGCAAUACUUAAGGACUUACUAUUAGUAUAUGAAAACUCUAGUUAUUUAGACAAACUAUUAGGAACAUCAUUUUUCAGUUUGAAGAGCAAACAUUUUCAGGCUUUAUUAACCCAAGCGAAAGAAAGAGCUAAACAACAAAAUAUAGAACUUAGGGGCAGAUUGUUUUCAAGUGAUGAAAAGCGGUUAAGCGGGACGAAAAUAAAGGUGGCAGAGUCUGACAACAUUAAAAAAAUGAUUAAGUUGGAGAAUAAAAUUAAUUCAGAAAUUGAAAAGAAAGAAGGGAAUAAAGAAACGACAGCUACUACUCCUUUAACUCCAGAUAGCGUUGUUGACGUUUCUUAUAUUUCCCAAGAAAAUUUAUGUAUAGAACUUUUAUCUACGUUAAAGGUUAGAAUGGAUUUAGCAUAUGCAGAAAUCAUUAGCAAGAUAGGUGGUACACAAGCUUUAAGCGUAUUGACCAAGGCAACGGAUAAUUUUGCUACUCCAGCUAAUUCGACACCUUUACCUAGUUGUCCCACUACCCCAGAGGAUUCAUUUUCAAUUCUUAGUCCAUUAAAACCAAAAAAAUGUUUAACGGUACAAACAGAUGAUCGGCCCUCCCUAACUGUGCAUAAACUCCAAACUGGAGAGAAUGAGUGGUAUAAUGUAAUAGAUGAAGCCCCAUUGACGCAUCACUAUUAUAGCAGUAAAUUUGAUCCAACCGAUUACCAAAAAUUUAUUAAGGCUGUUAUGAGGGAAUACAAACUUCUCAAAGAAUCUUUACCAGACAACGUUUGGGUACGUUCAUAUAGCAAUAGAAUAGAUCUCUUAAGUGUUAUGAUUCAAGGUCCAGCUAAAACACCUUAUGAAGAUGGGUUGUUCUUGUUUGAUGUUCAGUUAGGUGUUGAUUACCCUAGAUCUCCUCCAUUAGUUCACUAUAUUAGUUAUAGUUCGGAAAGGUUGAAUCCUAAUUUAUAUGUUGAAGGCAAAGUAUGUAUAUCUCUUCUUGGUACAUGGGUAGGUAAAGGAACAGAAGUUUGGGGACCCGAGAGUACAUUAUUGCAAUUGAUAGUUUCAAUUCAAGGCCUUAUUCUCGUAUCAGAGCCAUACUACAAUGAAGCUGGUUAUGAUAAACAAACUGAUACGCAACAAGGAUAUGAAAAUUCUAGAACUUACAAUGAACUUGUGAUAUUAAAAUUAGUACAGAGCAUGACAGAACUGCUCUCUAACCCUCCAGAUGUAUUUAAAACUGAAAUUCUGAGACAUUUUACACAAAAUGGUGAAAAACUGUGUCAACGUUUAGAGAAAUAUUGUGAUAGCUUGGAUCCAUUAAAACCAGAGUUUCCAUUGCUUCCAGUUAGUAAAGGAUUAAAACUUUCUUUAGCCACUGCAUUAAAAUUAUUUAGGGAUGUAUUGAUUAAGAAGACGGAGAAGUUAAAUACUGAACUGAGCGACGAAAAAAUCUGCUCACAAUAGCAAUGCAAAUAUUCACACAAACACAUAUAACAAAGCUGUCAGACGAACUAUCGUUACUAUGUUGUUGCAUUAAGAUAAAGACAUUCACAAUGGACUUUUUAUCUGGUACUAAAAUAUUUGUGAUACUAUCUUUUCUACAAAAUAGUAUAGUGUUAUAUAUUAUAAAAACGAAAAAAAAAAUAUUUUUUGUCAUUUUCUUUGUUUUGUUUUUGCAUUAAUAAAUGUUAAGCCAUUUUGUAUUUACUUUUAAAUCGUUCAUGUUUUUGUAGAAAUAUUUUUGGUAUUAUAACUGCUUUUUUAA